UCAGUCUUCUCAGCUUUAUAUAACCCACCAUGAGCAGCACGAAUGAGCAGCCAGCCUUUAUCUCGUCCACUUCCUGCCAACAGAGGUCCCUCUUCUCCAAAGAAACCAAACGCCACAGCAAACAGUUGCAGGCACAGAGAUCUUCAAUGGCGGACUUCUCAUCGCACCACUCUCUCCUCCUCAAGAUGCCUGCAGCUUUAACCAAUGGUCACUCCCCCAACCUCGCAAGCCUCUUGUUCUACGGCCAAAACCAUGGCCAAGGAACUACGGUGAAUGGAAAUGCAGCGUCUGGAACAGCAGCGGUCAUGGCGGAGGACGCUUCGCUUGAGAGCUCCUCUGCAGUGGUCGGCACCUCCCCUCAAGGAAGUGCAUCUCCAAUGGACAGGAAGAGGAAGGCCACAGAGGACAGUGCCACACUGAGCUCUGCUCACUCCAAGGAUUGCAAUCAGGAGGGCAAGAGGAAGAGGGGGAAGAAGUCCAACAAGGAGGCUGAGGAGAAGAGCACCACUGAUGAUGAGGCCCCCAAGGGGUACAUCCAUGUGAGGGCAAGGCGGGGUCAGGCAACAGACAGCCACAGCCUUUCAGAAAGGGUGAGGAGAGAGAGGAUCAGUGAGAGGAUGAGGAUGCUGCAAGCACUGGUCCCCGGUUGUGAUAAGGUUACUGGAAAGGCCCUGAUUUUGGAUGAGAUCAUCAAUUAUGUGCAGUCCUUGCAGAACCAAGUUGAGUUCCUUUCCAUGAGGAUUGCCUCUAUGAGCCCAGUUUUGUAUGGGUUUGGACUGGACAGUGAUGGCCUUCAUGACCAUGCACAAAUGGGAGGCAUGUUCCAAGAAGCCCUUGCAAUGCCUGGUCCAGUGCUGAGCCAAGCUAGCCCAGCUCCAUCACAAGCCAUCAUAGAGACUACUUCCACCACACCCUUCUCACUCCAGGGCCAGGGUGCCGUCUCUUUCUCUCAGGACAACGGCAGCACUUACCUGAUGCAACAAGCAGUGGGGGAGCCAACAAGGCAGGAGCUGCUCAACCAGUUGGUGUUCAACAUGUGCUCUUUCCAGUAGGGGAAGAGUAGUGAGAGAGAGAGGGGGGCCCACAUUGACGAUAGGAGGAAAUAAUGCUGCAAGAUUUGAUAGGCGCACCAGAUGAGUUUGAGAUGUUGGAUCUAAUCCAUCCCCUUGUCUGGAUUUGGAGAGAGCAACAAGUAGAGUCUGCUGUUCACACAUUUUCAGAGACUUUGUAGUAUUUCUAGCUCCUUUAGUAGGCAUUGUCCAUGAGGAUUUUCUCAGCGGCUGCAUCUGUCAUCACCACCAUUGUAGUCGAACUUGAGCAAUCAGUUGUUAAUACAUAAGAGAGCUAUUUUUGUACUCUGAACUGUGAUUAACAGUGUCAUUCAGUCCCC